UGAGAAACGAUGAACUGGGCAGGGCUCUACACGGUCCUGAGCGGGGUGAACCGCCAUUCGCCCACCGCCAUCGGCCGCAUUCUGGCUCCGUCCAUCUUCAUCUUCCGGAUAAUGGUGCUGGUGGUGGCAGCUGAGAGUGUCUGGGGGGAUGAGGAAAUCCGCCUUACCUGCAACACCCAGCAGCCUGGCUGCAACAGCGUCUGCUACGACCACUUCUUCCCCAUCUCCCACAUCCGCGGGGCCCUGCAGCUCAUCCUUGUCACCACACCGGCCCUUCUCGUAGCCAUGCACGUGGCCUACCAGAGCAACCAGGAGAAGAAGCUGCUGCUACUGACGGGGCACGGGAUUCAGCACAUGGAAGAGGUGAAGAAGCACAAGAUGCGCAUCUCGGGUUCGCUGUGGUGGACGUACGUCUGCAGCGUGGUCUUCAGGCUGCUCUUCGAGGCUGUGUUCAUUGUACAUCUUCUACAUGCUCUAACCGGGCUACAGAUGAUGCGGCUGGUCAAGUGCGAGGCUUAUCCCUGCCCUAAAACUGUUGACUGCUUCAUCUCCCGGCCCACUGAGAAGACCAUCUUCACUGUCUUCAUGCUGGUCACCUCCGCAAUCUGCAUCGUCCUCAAUAUGGCAGAGCUGGUCUACCUGGUGGUGCGGGCCUGUGCCCGUCGGAGCCGGCACAACUCCAACCCCUCGUCGGGGAAGAGCUCCUUCUAUGGGCACAAGCAUUCCUCCGAGUACAAGCAGAAUGAGAUCAACCAGCUGCUGAGCGAGCAGGACGGUUCCCUCAAGGACAUGCUGCGCCGCAACUCUGGGCUGCAGGAGAAGGGUGACCGCUGCUCUGCCUGCUAGGGCCAGCACUGUGGGGGACCCUGCCCCACAGUCACCCCACGGCCUUGUUGCUGUCCCUGUCCCAAGGAUAGCAUUCCUCAGGCACCACUUGGGCUCUCCUAGAUGGCCAGGAGAGCAUCUUGGGCCAUUAAAUCUCCAUUCUCA